CCAAACGUGUCCUAUUAAGUCAAAGAAAAAUGGAUCAAACUUCGAAAAGUUUGGAGAGCAAUGAUUCCGGCUAGAUAGGCUUCUUCGAAUUCUUCAAUUUUGAUAUUUUAGAAAAUAUCCAACUGCACAGCAGGUUUUAAUAACAGAACUAAAUCUUUUCAUUUUUAAAAAAUUAUUAUUAUAUAAUCUCUACCCAAUUCAAUCGCAUAGUCGGUUUUCAGUAUUAUAUAUAUUUGUUUCUUUGUAUCUUCUCCUCUCCUCUCCGACGCUCAUUCUAUUGGGUUUUUUCCGAAGCCAUGGAGUCUACUAUGGUGACUAAGGUUAGGUAUGGAGAAAUGCUAAGGCGCUUUAGUGUUAGAGUCCAUGAAAACGGUAGACUGGAUCUGGACAUCAAUGGGUUGAGAGAAAAAAUACGCAAUCUCUUCAGCUUCUCUUCUGAUGAUGAUUUUACAAUGACUUACAUUGAUGAAGAUGGUGAUGUUGUGACCCUGGUCAAUGAUGAUGAUCUGCAUGAACUGAUGAGGCAACAGUUGAAGUUCUUGAAAAUUGAUGUGCAUCUGAGAAAUAAGGAAAACGACCAAUCUGGUGAUAGAUCAGAUGGAAGUUCUACCCCUAUGACAUCAGAUCGUUCAUAUCAAAAUGUUUGUUCUGGUAUCUCUGACGUUUUGAAAUCUAUGCCAGAGCCCUUACCUGAAUUUUGUUCACAGCUCCUCCUUGGCAUUGCUUCAAAAGCUGUUGCUAACCCUGUGCUUUCUGAGUUUGUUCAAAGCUUUAUUCAGUUGAGAAACACACAUCCGAACACAGGUUCUCAGGCCUCAUCUGUUCCAGAGUCGAGCACACAGAAUGUGGCCACUGAGUGUUCUAUGCCUCCUCUAGAUGCAGAUUCAAAAGCUUCAAAGAAUGAUGGGUUUCAUCAAGAUGCUGUGUCAAAAUCUCAAUGCACUGGUUCUACUGAUAAAGAUAGAAAGAUGGUUAACAGUGAGAGAGUGACAAAGAACAUUGGUGUAUCUGCACCUGUUGUUGAUCCUCACGGCCUUCCUUUUGAUUCUUUUGUUUCUGAAUUUUCUGUUGAGAAACCAGCUAUUGCUCUUUGCUGCAGCCCUGGAAAGGGGAAGGAAAAGCGCAAUGAUGCAUUUCUUGAUCCCCUCCAAGAAAUGCAUGCAAGUAAGCUUCCAGCAUCGGUGGUCGAUAAUUCAAAUUAUUCACCCGCCACUUAUAUGGAUGGUAGGUCUAUUAACGAGUGCCCUUUCAGUGGAGUACCUGUGGCUCCUCAACGAUCUAUGCUUGGACCUGUAGGUAUAGAUCCAGUAAGAAAUAGCAGCGGUUACACUGAAUCUACGGGAAGUAUGCUCCAUAAAGGUCCAAAAAUCUGCAGCAGUGGCUACAUUGAAGCAUUCCAUGAAGAUCCAAUAAUUAGCAGCAGAGGUUGCAUUGGAUCUGUGGGAAGUAUGUUCCAUAAAGGUGUUAUUUGUGAUGGCUGUGGAGCCCGUCCAAUUACUGGUCCGCGGUUCAAGUCCCAAGUGAAAGAUAAUUAUGAUCUUUGUAGCAUCUGCUUUGCUAAAAUGGGCAAUGAGGCUGACUACAUUAGGAUUGAUCGUCCUGUCUCUUGCCGGCAUCCAAGAAUGAAUGCAUUCAACCGUAGAGUAUGCAAUUUUGAUAACAGAGCUUCUAAUGGAUUUUUUUUUUUUAAUGUCAAUAAGAAUUUUAUUUUACUUUCAACUUCCAUUCUCUCAAUGCAGUAUCCAUUUUCUGGCCCCCAAAUAAUUGAUGCUAUGAGGAGAUCAUCUUUAAAGCAGACCAAGCUUGAUAGUAGCUUUGUAGCUGACGUUAAUGUCUUUGAUGGCACUGUGAUAGCUCCAAGUACCCCAUUUACCAAGAUAUGGCGAUUACGUAAUAGUGGGACUUCGAAUUGGCCCCGUGGUACACAGCUAAUGUGGACUGGAGGAGACAAGUUCAGUCAUUCCUCAUCGGUUGAAAUAGCGGUUCCUGCUGAUGGACUUCCUCUGGGCCAGGAAAUUGAAAUUGCAGUUGACUUUACUACCCCUCCACAUUCUGGUCAAUACACCUCAUACUGGAGGAUGGCAUCUCCAUCUGGCCAGAGAUUUGGGCAACGUGUUUGGGUUCUUAUUCAGGUUGAUGAAGCACUUGGGAUGCCGGAUUCCAAAUCUUCCCAAGCUUUGGACUUAAAUUUACCCCCCAUGCUCAUAGGUCAUGCCCAUGAAGGUGUGGAAAAUAAUUCGACUCCUGAAAUUUCUGAUGGUGUCCCUUUCCCUCAUGAUCCCUUCUCCAUUUUUGAACCGGUAAAACAUGAUCAUGAUCUGUCUGAGGAUUUACAAAUCCUUGUAGAUCAGGGUAUUCUAGUUGGUGAAAGCCCUGCUACUUUUGCGAAUAAGGAUAAUUUGGGCUCGUCUUGCUCUGCUGUAGAUCGUCAUGGAGUUCUACCUUGUUCAACCAAGGUUGCCCCUGUGUCGUCAUGCCCUUUUAUUGAUUUUCCUGUACCAACUCCACCUGCAAACCCACCUCCAACACCAUCCCCUAAGGUUUCUCCAGCAUCAUCUGAAAAUGUCACUGCCAAUAAUGCCAAUAACAUUGUUGAAGAAACUCUUCUUAAAACACUCGAGGAUAUGGGAUUCAAACGGGUUGAUCUAAACAAGGAAGUACUGAAGAGGAAUGAGUACGAUCUAGAGCUGUCGGUGGAUGAACUCUGCGGAGUUUCUGAAUGGGAUCCGAUGCUUGAUGAGUUGGAGGAAAUGGGAUUCAUUGACAAGGAAAUGAACAAAAGACUUCUGAUGAAGAACAAUGGCAGCGUGAAGCGAGUAGUGAUGGAACUUCUUUAUGGGGAGAAGGCUUAGUUGAAGAAGGCUCAUCUCAAAAUUAUGGAUUAGGAUGUAAAUAUAUUUUACAACUAAAUAAAUCUAUGGAUAUGACAUUGUUGCUCUGGAACCAGGGAUGUGUUUUAUGUUUUGUUGGAGUGGUCUUUUGAGUCCUUUUUAGUUUAUGUUCAUCUCUGUCUUUUCUCUUUGCAAAGGUACAUAUGUGUCUUUCUAAUUUUGGUUCAAUUUAGUUAUUAUGUCAUACUUGUGUUUCUCUUUUA